AUGUUGGUGGCCGUAGCAGCCGAGGCACCCUACAAUUUACCACGGCCUGCUCCUAACGCACCCUUUAUAAGUUACCAACGACCUCCACCCGCACCUCUACAGCAACCAGGUCCUCAGUUCAUUCAGCAGAGUUUUUCACAAAACCAGUAUAAUACAAAUGGUUACAGCUACCCAGCUCCUGCUCCACAACCUAUUAUUGCAUCACAACCUCAACAAGUGUAUCAACCAAUAGCCAGACCAGCUCCACAACCAUUACCCAUAGUAUCCCAACCUAGCCAGUCAUACGGAGUCCCACAAUUCCAAUCAAUUAGGCCUCUUCAAACCUUAAUUUCCCAACCUCAACCUCAACCGGUGUUCCAACAAGCUAUUGCUCCUCAACCACAAUUCAUUGCUCCCCAACCACAACAAAUCAAUUACCAACCACAACCAAUCGCUCCUCAACCUUUACCAGUUUACCAGCCCCAACCGAUUUCCCCACCCAGUACCUCUUACGGAGUACCUCAAUUUGCCCAAACACUUCCUGCUAUAGUUUCCCAAUCUCAGUACCAAAUCCAAGAACAAUCACAGCCUGCUCCUAUCCAAUAUCAAAACGGACAAGUAUCAUCGGGCUACUCAUACCAGCAAUCUGCGCCAGCACUAAUCCAAAACUCUGGCUUGUCAAGCUAUCAAGCAGAUUCCAAUCAAUAUAAUAAUAUACAACAAGCUCAGGUUCGCGGAGACGCCUUAGAUGACAUAGUAGUAUCUCGUGUACAAGAUAUCAUAAGGGACAACGAACAUUCAACGGCUAAAGAGGCUGGCUAUUUAUCACUAGUGUCAGGAGUUUCUUUAGAAAACGCGAGACCUAGUGUGGAGGUUUUAUCAUUUGUACACAACUCGCCGCUUAAUUCUGGUAGAUGCCAAAAUUCGGGUAGAUGUCAAAACCAGCAAUUGUCAUCACUUUCACAAAGUUCAUCAUCAUCUCCUUUAUCAUCCUCAUCAUUACUGUCAGUGUCAAGACCGUCAUCUGAAUAUGGUGUGCCAUCUUCAAGCAACGUUCAGUCUAACAUUCAAUCAACUGGGUCAUUAAGUUCUAGUAGUUUUGGAUUUCUACCUCAAAGCAAACCUGCAUCCGGUUAUGGUGUACCUAAU